GUAUGCAAUCAGGCCACUUCCAAAGUGCUACUACAAGCAAUGAAUUAAUUAGCUACAAUUCUGCUUUAAUGAAUUAUCAUCUGGCUUCGCAGCAGACAUUCAUUUAUGUUUGGCAGCAUGUCUACCUGCUGUACUGUUUGCGUCCGAGGCUACCCUGCCGACUUACCGCCGGAGCGUGUGUCCGACAAACUGAUGAUCCAUUUUCUCCGAGCACGCAAUGGAGGUGGAGAAAUUUCCAGCAUUGAAUUUCCACCGGAAUCCCCAGGCUGUGCUAUGGUUACCUUUGAGGAUGCAACAGUGACUCAGCAGGUACUGAAGGCCAAAAAGCAUGUCUUGACUGUCAACGGGAACGACUACCCUUUGGAAGUGACGGCGAGCGCCACUGAAUUGAACCCCAACGAGAUCUUUGUACGCGUCUGCAUGAAGGUGGAUUAUGGCCGCUUCCCCGAUGGAAAAGACACCCUGGACAGUCUGUGCCAGCGGUAUGGGGGCAUCCACAUCAACUUCAACACUCAGGAGAUGACCUGCACCGUCAAAGGCUCCUUUGUGGAGUUGCAGGCCUUCAGCUCUGAGCUGCUGAGGUGCCUCAAUAACCAGCAAAGGGCUGGCGUUCUCUUUGCAAACGGAGGCAGAUCGGCUGAGAUGGCUGCGGGAGAUGGCGCCUCGCACCAGGAGGAGACUCGGGCAGAGAAGAAGAGGAAAAAGAAGAGGGACGAGGAGGAGAAGGCUGCAGCAGGUCCAUUACAAGUCCGGGAGUCUGCAGAGAGCCUCAUAGAGCCCCUGGAGGACUUCUCCUUAGUUAUAGACUCGGACAUCUACCUCUACAUGCAGAAGUUCUGCGGUAAGGAAUUGGGCAACAUUUUCCACCAGCAGCAGGUGGGUGUUGUGGACGUCCACAGCGAUGGCAUCACCACCCUCUACCUGAGAGCAGCAUCCAAUGGGGCUGGGGGGGUCAGCGCCCUAGUUUCGGCUCACCUGGCGCUCUCCCAGCUUUCUCAGCAACUGGAGGUCACGCUGCGGAAAGAGAAGGUCAAAAAGCAAGAUUUGGGGAUCGGCGUCGGCGGGAGUUUUCCAGCAGAGCUGCAGAGCCUCUACCCUCUGCUGCUGAUUCAGGAGGAGCAGGAGGAUUUCUGCCUCAUUGGGAAUUUGGUGGAAGUUUCCCGAGCCAAGCAGCACAUCCAGGAACUGAUUGCCGCAAGGGGGGCAGCGCAGGAUCACCGGAGACCCGGCGUCUCCCAGGCAGCGUACCUCCACGGUCAGAGCUCUGUGCCGGCUCAGCCAGAGUCCCCAGCGGAGUCCGUGCCAAGGAAGCUGAGCUCGCCAAAGCCCAACAGCAAAGCCGAGCGCAAGCUGGCUGCCAGCUUUUCAAGUCGGGGUAGCCCGCCGGCACGGCUGCCAGCUGCCCGCUUGUUUCAAGCCACAGAACGCCAGGCUCCAGAGAGCGAGCGUUCCCUGUCGUUUUUGGCCGCUGCUACUGAACCAAAGAGCCAGAUCAGGCAAACUCUGGAAUUCCGGGAAGCACUGCAAGGGAUAAAAGCAGAUCUCCUGCCCUCCGCACCUGCAGGCACCGUGUCGAGUUCCGAGGGCCUCGGUCUCGCAAAGCCUCUGUCCCUCCAUUCGGUCACGAGCGCCUUCAGAUCCUUGAACCUGUUCGACACCACGGGGGCUGCCGACUUCAGAGUUUCCGAACCGAGGCCCCACCUCAGGAGGUCCAGCAGCCUCUCGCUGCAGAAGCCUCUGCGCGGUGGCAAUGAGUCCAUGCCUGAGCCCUGGCUAGCAGCUCAGGUCAGCGCAGCCCGUUUGAAGCAGGAGCCUCAGGAAUACACCCCCCGUACUUUGCAGGAGGAGAUCAGAAAGGAUGGGUCGACGCAGAUGGAGUGCAGCCAGGAAAUGGAGUCUCCAAUUACCAAACAAAGGCACUCUUUGCACACUGUCCAAAGCAAUAAUGGGAGUCCUUCAGACAUGCAAAAAGCAGAGGCCCUCGCAGAGCAUUGUCCUUACAUUUAUGACAGCUUCACCUACACAGAGCUGGCCAUGGAUGGACCAGAGGAUGAGGCCCUGGGUGAAUUGUGUAGGUACCUGAAAAAUUUCGACGACCGCAUUGUCAUCUGCCGGGACAGGUACAAGCUGGGCCUUACGUACCCCCGCGAGGAGAAGUUGCAGGUCCUGGAAGUGUUCCGCUUGUUCUCUGCCCGCAGGAUGGCUGCCCUGUCCGAGCAGACUCCCUUCCGUGAUGCGCAGCAGGGGGAAAUUCAGGGCGAGACAUCGGCUGCAGGGAGCGCACAGCAGCCGAAUGAGAGCAGGAGAACCAGCCUGCUAGAGAGCUCCCUUGGCCUACACAGCCUUGCCGGAGAGACACCGCCCUCCCAUGCUCAGAGACGGCUACAGGGCAGCGGUUUCCAGCUUGCGCCGGUGCAGAAUUUCCCAAGUGACCAAAGAGCAUGGCAGAGUGAGGCCCUCGACCAAACCCCGGGCGCCAGCAAGCAGGGCCGCUCCAGGAGACUGUUGGCCGAGAGCAGGCAGGGCUUGCCAGACAAGUUCCAUUUUGCGAGAGACUGCAAUAAGGAGGGGAGCAGCAGCCAGGAAACGGAGGGGGCCCCGCCGGGCUCCUUGCCCGACCUGCCGCUGCACACUUCUCCCCCAGAUGGAGAGGGGGCUGCCUCAGAUUUGGGCCGGAGAACCGCCAGCCUAGGAAGCGAGUCGGCGGCUGAAGAGUGUGUGCUGUGCCGAAACAGCCGCCCCUCCCUGUCCAAUGCCCCCUGCCCCCACAAAUCCCAGCAGGGAAUCCCAGGAGGGAGCACUUGGCUAACACACCCUGGUGCCUCCCCUGGCAUUCCCGGAACCUUUGGGGUUUCCACCUUUUCGCAAAGCCUCCCUGGGUAUACCCGAGAUCCGACACUCAAAAUAACAUACAACAUUCCUGACGGCGUGCAACGAGCGGAAGACCCUUUCCCAGGACAUCUGUACCGAGGGGGCCGCUUCGAGGCCUUUCUCCCAGACAACGCAGAGGGCCGGCGGUUGACGGUCCUCCUGCACAAAGCAUUUGAGCGCGGCCUGACGUUCCGGAUCAGAACCUGCGGUUUGGAGGAGAGGGUGACAUGGGGACCCAUCCCCCACAAGACCUCCAUGGAGGGGGGCAAGGCCAGAAACGGCUACCCAGACAGCCAGUACCUCCAGCAGGUGAGUCUGAAGCUGAAAGAGCUGAACAUCGAAUGAAGGCAGACCCUCCUCCAAGCACCUUGGGAGCUCAGCAACCUCCCGGUCUUCCAGGGGCC